AUGAGUAUCAGGGCUUUGUGGAUCAUUUCGCUGGACAAAGCAGAGAAUGUGUCUCUCCGCUUCUCAAAGAGGUUUUCCACUGUGGAGCACCGGGCGAAGCUGCUGGGCGGUAAGGCGUAUGCCCCAGUCCCGGAUGAGGAUGUGGUUCUGCAGCUCCUGAUGACCGAGCUGGGACUGUCCGACCCAGAGAAGUCCUACGUGCCUCUACGGGACAACUGCUCCCACUGCCCACGCUCCCCGGCCCUGGAGCUGCAUCUGAGCCCACGUGAACGGGACACUCUCUGGCCUGUUCUCACUGUUUCUCAAGGACCUCUCAUUCUGUCAUGUUUGCCUUUAGUCGAUGCCCCCACAAAACCACGCCCACCUCUGUCUAGCCUCCUGUCUGUCUCCAAAGGCCUCACGCUGCUCUCGGGCCUCCAGGCUUUUCUCCUCAGCUCCGGGGGGAAGACUGAUCCUGAAGGGCUGGCCUCACGACUGGCUCUCCUGCCCUCAGUGCUGCUGCAGAUCUGCCCCCUGGGGACUCCCCUGGAUGUUCCCAUUCUGGGGUCUCCUGCCACGUCCGCCGCUGUCACACCCGCCGGGAACCAGAAGCAGCCUGCCUGGAAGACAGGCCUGCACCGGGGCAGAGCUGCGGUGACUGUGGCUCUGACUGAGGUGGUGCGGUCCAUGCAGUAUGGAAACCCCUACAAACAAGACCUGUGGGACGUCUAUGGCACAGUCACAUGCAAAUGUGAAGUGGAGGGUGUUCUCCCUAACGUGACGGUGACCCUGACGCUGCCCCCUAAUGGCUCUCCGCUGCAGGACAUUCUGGUUCAUCCCUGUGUUACCUCUGUAGACUCCAGCAUCCUCACAGCCACCAGCGUGGACGGCAGUGACAGCUCUGCCUUCUGGGGGCCCUACAAGUUCCCCUUCUCUCCUCCGCUGGAGCCAUUCAGACUGUGCAGCUACACGUCCCAGGUCCCAGUGCCUCCUAUCCUGGGUUCAUAUCAGCUGAAGAAUGAAGACGACUGUUUACACAUAUCUGCAACUCUGAAGCUUCAUGAGAGCGUAAAGAACAGCUUUGAAUACUGUGAAGCGCACCUGCCAUUUUUCAACAGGGACCAGAUGAGUGCGGUGGACGUUAGAGUGAGCUAUGGACAGUUGGACGUGAAUCGGGAGAAGAACCUCCUGGUGUGGAUCAUAGGGCAGAAGUUUUCAAAGUCCAGGGAGAUUUCGCUGGAAGGAAAGAUCAGCUUUGGGGGGCCGGUGCCUGGGCCCAGAGACCCCAUGUGUAGUGGCCUUACAUCUUAUAUUAAGCUUUACUUCAAAGUUCCAGAUCUCACGCUGUCGGGCUGCAGUGUGGACCAGCACUCAGUCCAGGUUUACUCCACGGCCAAGGCCAAAAUAUUCACCUCUCGAGAACUUCAAUCAAAAGAGUACUUCAUUUGGAACUCCACCGGCUCGGCCCCCGUCUCCUCUGGACAGAUGAUUCUAUAA